AUGGUUGUUUGUUUAUAUGACUUUCUCCGCCUAUUUAUUUUCUCACGAUCUAGGGCGGCUAGUAGAGCGUGGCUGGUGUUACACGCGGCUUGUGUGAAUUAUGAGGAAAAGACUAGCUGGAUAAAUGCAUCUCGUGAUUGCUUGGUCUUCGGAUGCACCAAAUCGUUGAUGGUCAACUUUCGCGAGAUUAGAACGCCAUCUGCUGUGAUCGUCCCGAGAGACAUCAGAAGAGUGCAAAAAGACAUGAUGAGGACUUGGAAACUGUCGACUCAAUCGUCUAAGGUUGAAUCAUAG